AUUUGUUAAAGAGAACCAGAGAAACAAAAAAUGUUACAGGAAUAACCAGUCAGAAUUUUGCGACUCUUAGAUACAACUCUCAAAAGGUUCUAAGCACAUACCAUUUUUUGUAGAUACUGAAAAGCCUUUAGGAAGUAUACAUGUCUGGCCCUGUGGCAAUAGCCGACAACGUCGAACAAAAGCUAGCGUUCUCAAGCAGGACAAUGUCUCUUGAUUCUGUACCAUUUCAUAAAAAUGACAUCAACAGUUCCAUGACGAAUGGAGAAACCACCGCUCCUUCUUCAACUGAAAGCGUAGAUUUUAGGUUUGGAGAACUUAAACCCCAAAAUGGGGAGUUUUACUCGGGUUACCUGCUUGGGAAUGUGCCCGAGGGUUCAGGGAAGUAUGUGUGGGCAAGUGGCUGCAAGUAUGAAGGGGAAUGGAGACGGGGAAUUAGGCAUGGUUAUGGAAAACUUCACUGGCCUUCGGGGGCCUAUUAUGAAGGGGAUUUUACAGGUGGGUAUAUGCAGGGUACAGGAACAUACAUUCGGGCCGAUAAGUUAGUUUAUAAGGGUAGGUGGAGGUUGAGCAGAAAACACGGGCUAGGUUAUCAAACUUUCCCAAAUGGAGACGUGUUUGAAGGAUCUUGGAUUCAAGGGUCACCAGAUGGUCCGGGUAAGUACACUUGGGCCAAUGGAAAUGAGUAUUUGGGUAACAUGAAAGGAGGGAGAAUGUCGGGUAAAGGCAUUUUCACUUGGACUAAGGGUGAUUCUUAUGAAGGGAGUUGGUCUAAUGGAGUAAUGCAUCGUUUUGGUGCUUAUACAUGGAGUGAUGGAGGGCGUUAUGUCGGUACUUGGACAUGGGGGUUAAAAGAUGGAAAAGGAGCUUUUUAUCCAAACGGCUGCAGAUUGCCACCGAGACAAGAACUAUACCUUAAAGCUUUGAGAAAACGAGGCUUGUUGUCGGAUCUUCAGAGAGUUAAACAAGUAACGCGCAUACAACAUGCUUCUUCAAUCGACGUGGGGAAUUUUAAGAUUGGUGAUACCGUGUCAUCUGAUGAGCUCCACAACAAUAGUGUAUCUUUAGAAAGACGAUGGAGUCUAGAAGUAGCUGUUGAAAAUGUCAUGGGACAUGAUUUGACAUCUUUUAUGUCUGAAUCUGGUAGGAAAAAUGAUACCAAGACUCCAAUUCUUGAAAGAGAAUAUAUGCAAGGAAUUUUGAUCAGUGAGCAUGUGGUUGAUGAUAGUUUUUCACCCGGUUCUAAGAGAGAAAUCAAGCGUCAGAAGAAACUAGUGAAGGAGGUUAAGAGGCCAGGUGAAGCGAUUAUUAAGGGUCACCGGAGUUAUGAUCUAAUGCUCAGUUUACAGCUUGGGAUCAGGUAUACCGUGGGGAAAAUAACACCAGUUCAAAAGAAAGAAGUAAGGGCAUCAGAUUUUGGCCGUCGAGCUAGCUUCAGGAUGCAAUUCCCUAAAGAAGGAUCUCAGUUAACGCCUAGGCAUCAGUCAGAGGACUUUAAGUGGAAGGAUUACUGCCCAAUGGUUUUCAGGAACUUAAGGGAGCUGUUCAAGAUUGACGCUGCUGAUUACAUGAUGUCAAUUUGUGGCAAUGAUGCCCUUCGAGAACUUUCUUCUCCUGGGAAAAGUGGCAGUGUCUUUUUCCUCUCUCAAGAUGAUCGUUUCAUGAUUAAGACAUUGCGAAAGUCUGAAGUACAGGUCCUUCUGCGGAUGCUUCCAGAUUACCAUCGCCAUGUGCGAACUUAUGAGAACACGUUAAUUACUAAAUUUUUUGGUCUCCACAGGAUAAAACCAUCAAGUGGUCAAAAGUUCCGGUUUGUAGUGAUGGGUAACAUGUUCUGCACAGAAUUAAGGAUCCAUAGAAGAUUCGAUUUGAAAGGUUCCUCCCUUGGAAGAUCCGCAUACAAGGUUGAAAUAGAUGAGAGCACAAUACUCAAAGAUCUUGAUUUAAACUAUUGCUUUUAUCUAGAACCUUCAUGGUGUGGUGCUCUGCUAAAACAGAUUGAAACUGAUAGUAACUUCUUAGAAGCUCAGAAUAUUAUGGAUUACAGCCUUUUACUUGGUGUUAAUUAUCGAGCCCCUCAGCCCCUGAAAUCGUUGAUGUCAUACAACCCAAGUGUAACAGGAGAUGGACUGGGAAUCGUUGCAGAAGAAGAAUCUAUGGAGGAUGAGAUAUUACCCCAAGGGCUUGUUUUGGUCCCACAUGGAUCUGAAGAUAGUAGUGUUGUUGUGGGCCCACAUAUUCGAGGAAGACGUCUACGUUCACAAUCCACUGGUGAUGCAGAAGCGGAUCUGCUUCUUCCUGGCACAGCAAGGUUACAAAUACAGCUGGGAGUGAACAUGCCAGCAAGAGCAGAGCUUCUUCCAGGGGUAGAAGAAAAACACAUGUUUCACGAUGUAUAUGACGUAGUAUUAUACCUGGGUAUCAUCGACAUAUUACAAGAGUACAAUAUCACCAAAAAGAUUGAACAUAAAUACAAAUCAUUUCAAUUCGAUCCUUUAUCCAUAUCGGCUGUGGACCCCAAAUAUUACUCCCGACGGUUUCUUAAGUUUGUUAGGAAGGUAUUCCCUCACAACGACGCUGCAAACUAGAACAGUUUUACAAUGUAACGUUCUCAUGCAUUGAGGUAUGCUUUUCAACCCUUCCCGAUGAGCAACAAAAUGGUAGAGUGAGAUCAGAUGGGUAAAUUUUGGAGAGGCCAGUUACAUUACAUAUAUGAAUCAUUUGCGAAAAUAAACAUAAACAUAUGGCUCGAGGAAAUAUAUAUGUAUAACAUAAACAUAUUUUAAGUGGGGACUUUUCAUCAGUUUAAGAGCAAUAUUGUCUUACCAUUGAAGGCUCUUUCUUACAUGAUACAUGGCCUUAUCUAUGUCAAACAUUUACAUGCUUGAUAGAUAGAUAUAUAGAAACAAUUCCAACAUGUUGUUUGUUGUUGUUGUUGUCCUGUUGUAAGUUUUUCUUUUUGA